CAUCAGGAUCUAGGAGACAACGUAUCUGCUUCCUCAUCUGAUUUCACAACGGCUUUCCAGGCCUUUAUACGCCUUUGUGGAAAACCUUCGGGGCCUGGUGUAUGCCGGGACACCCCUCCUCGUCUCUCCGCGUUCGACCAGACAGCUGCAACUUUUUCCGCGGCGCCUUCCCCCGACCUUUUCUGUUCGCUCGCUACUUUCGUUCCUCCUCUGCCCUUCUUCUCUUUUUGACAAUACCGCUUUCUUAUUGUUUUGUGAGGCCUCCAGGACCCUUUUCCAUAGCCAGCCUCUGCCCUUCAUGGGGGACAAGGAGCAUCGUUAGCAACUUUCCACGUCCUGACGCGAGGCGAGCCUUCACGACAUUCAGCGGCACCGACGUCCACCUGGCCAUGUCUUCCUCCUCCGUGUCCCAUGCUCUUUCAGGCCCUGCAUACAUCGAGCAAGAAGAGCUACUCGCGAUUCUUCACGCCCGACGCCGCGGAGAGCGUUCUCUCAAGCUUCAAAUCUUGGACGUGCGCGACGACGACUACACAGUGGCAAAGCUUCCCGGGGCAAUCAACGUGCCCAGCGAAGGACCAUGACAUGAUUGUGCUCCAUUGCAUGCUUUCCCAAGUCCGGGGACCCUUUUGCAGCGCUCGUUUGAUGGCGCACUUUUCUUGCGCGGUGGGGGAGGAUGGAGGGGCGGCCACGAAACAGGAACGGAAUCAGAGCAGCGGCCGAAACGACGGGGAGGAAACAUUGCCGGCGAAUGAAAGUAAAAAAGAGAGAAGGCGAGAACAGGGGGUUCCACAGGUCUUGGUCCUCCGAGGGGGGUUUCAGGGAUGGUAUGCACGGUACCGGGAGGAGAUAGGGAUGGUGGAACCGUGUGAAUGACAAGGUAAAGUUGUUGGCCCUCUCACGGGGAGACAUCUAAGCAUUUGGGGGCGAUUUUUUUAAACAUAUAGUUCGUGAAUGGCACGAAGUAUCUCAGUUUCGUGUCUUUUACGUCGAGGUUCAAUAGGGAAGCAAUGAAAUGAUUGCAUUGAGACCUCUUGAGUGAAAUUUGAGAAAUGGGGAGAAAUACGAGCCUCCCCUCCUCCGGAAAAAACUUCCUGUCCACUUGGGGCAUAAUCACUACCGCGCACUAUUUUCCUUUUAUCAACUUAUAUCGAGGGAGAUAUUGUCAGGAUAAAAAGACACAACUCAAUUGAAGCCGAUCAAGAAAAAGUUUGAUAUAGAACACAACGGUCGGCCGCUGCAUGAAUAAUUGCAUGUUAGGGUCCGUGCUUUCAUUCCACACUCCAUUUGAAACGCAGCACAUCAAUGACCACACCAUGCCUAUAAAAUCACUCGCAAAGGUUUGCUCCGUGUCGGACGAGUGUCUUGUUUGGUGCAGGCAGAAUUUUCCAUCCUGGAGGUCGAGGCGACCGGGGCCAUCCGGGCUUUGCUCUCUCCGACUUUAUCCCGACUCCCCUAUUUUUGUAGGAGACCAGAACUGUUGCACAAAGAGAUUCGGUGGGCCAACACGACCCUUCCUAUUGCUUUUCUGUGGCAUUGUGACCACUUCUUCGAGCGUCCGGGUCAUUGUCUUCCUUUGCCAGACCAACAGCCAAGGAAAAACAAAAGGAAGCUUUCUCUUUGGGAAAGGGGGUGAAAAGCAUGGCCAGUAGAGGUUGAGGGUUCCCCUGAUGCCACCGGCCCACAUUUCCCGUGUGCGAGCACCCAAAAGGCCCAGACAUAAGGGCGAAAGGGACUUGCACGAUGACUUGCGUCGGGGGGAUUUCGAUCCCAAGAAAAAAAAUAAUCGGAAUGCGUUCCCCCCUGGCAAAAACGAUCUGAAGGGUUAGUGGUCGCC